AUGGAAAAUUGGACCUGGGUCUCUGAAUUCAUCCUCCUCGGGCUCUCUGAGGAUCCCCAGCAGCAAAAGGCACUCUUCGGGCUGUUCUGCACCCUGUAUCUGAUUGGGUGCCUGGCAAACCUGCUCACCAUCUUGGCCAUUGUCUUGAACCCUCACCUCCACAGCUCUAUGUACUUCUUCCUCAGUAACUUGUCUCUUCUUGACAUCUGCUUCACAUCCACCACCAUCCUGAAGAUGCUGCUGAAUCACCUGUGUGGGCGCACCACCGUUUCCGCCUCCAUUUGCGUGGCCCAGAUGAUCCCACACUUCUUCUGCGACCUUAAUGCCUUGAUCUCCUGCUCUGACACACAAGACAUCAAGAUGCUGGUGUUGGUCCUUGGGGGCCCAGUGAUUCUGGUCCCUUUUGUCUGCAUCAUGGCCUCUUACACACCUAUCGCUAUGGCUGUGUUGAAGGUGCUUUCAGCCCAAGGAAAGUGGAAAGCGUUCUCCACCUGUGGCACUCACCUUUGCGUGGUCUGUCUCUUCUAUGGGACUAUCAUUGGUGUCUACUUCAAGCCCACAUCCGCACAUGCCACCCAAAUGGACAUGGCAGCUACUGUGAUGUACAAAAUUGUGGCCCCCAUGCUGAACCCCUUCAUCUACAGCCUGCGAAACCGAGAUCUGAAGGGCGUCUUCAGGAAACUUUGCCAAGCCUCUUUGAAGAAGUUUUAG